CAUUGUCUCUGAAAGCAGUUGCAAUGGCAAUGCAUAUAUUGCUAGCCUUGCCGAUUUUGUUCUUGGCAUCUGAUAGAUCCCAUGCCCAGGUGUCACCAACUAUAGGAACACAUUCCCUGACAUAUUUGGUGGACACUACAGGCUCAAUGUACUAUAACAUUCAACAGUUGAAAUUGGUUAAUGACUGGCUUCUUGAUCAGAUAGUGGCACAAUUGCCAUGCGGAGAUCGAAAUUAUACAAUGGUUGAAUUUAAUGACCCAACAUUUGGCCAAGUACACACAACAAAUUCAAUAGAAAAGUUUAAGUCUUUUUUCCAUGACCUCUAUGCCUACGAUGGAGGCGACUGCCCAGAAUUAGUAAUGAAUGGACUCAAAGUGGCUUUAGAGACUUCUCCACCCGGAUCUAUCAUUCUGGUGCUCACAGACGCAUCUUCUAAAGAUUACACAGAUACUGAACUCAUAAAUAACAUACGUUCACUUAUAAAUACCAAACAAUCACAGGUUUUAUUUUUGACAACAGGGCAUUGUUGGGAUUUAAAUGAACCAUCCUUCCUCAUUUACAGAGAUAUUGCUUCACAGAGUUAUGGGCAUGUCUUUCAAAUUUCCAUUUUAGAUAUGGGCAGGAUUUUUAAUUAUCUGGACUUCACUCUAUCAAGACCUAUUAACAGCAUUGUAAAAGUUUUUUACAAAUACUAUGAUGACUUAAAUCAUUGCGAUAACUUCACAGCAACAGAUGACUUCACAACCUUACUGGUUAUCACUGAUGGACCAAUUACUUCAAUAACAAUUGCCGGGCCUGACGCUAAAGACCCAAAUCUAAAAACAAUUGUGUCUGAAAGCUGGGGAUCCUUGUAUGAGAUUAAGAAGCCAGCCAAAGGUUCAUGGAAGAUAUGUGUUGUUUCAAGCCGCACCCAUGCUGUUCAGGUGGAGGGAUUAACAGCAACCAACGAUUGUAACCCAGUAAAUACAAGCUGUGAAGACUGCGACCCUAAUGCUAUAUGUGAAGAGUAUCCUGAAUUCUUCCAAUGUAUCUGUAAGGAUGGAUUCAAAGGAGAUGGCCUUUCAUGCUCAGAUGUUAAUGAAUGUGACUACCACUGGCUAAACAACUGUACUGAUGGAUAUUGUGAAAAUACUAUUGGCUCGUACUUCUGCAGGUGUCCUGAUGGCUACACAAGAGGAACAGGAAACACUUGUGUUGACAUUGAUGAGUGUUCCAGCUCACACCUGAAUAAAUGCCAUCCAUCAGAAAUUUGCAUUAAUUAUGAUGGAUCUUACAUGUGCCAGUGUCCACCUGGAGUCAUUGGUGAUGGAUUUGGCUGUCAACCUGAUCCAUGUUCCAAAGGUGUGUGCGGGAGUAAUAUGGAGUGUAUUCCAAAUGACAGCUCCUACUCUUGCUCUGAUCCAUGUGUUAAUCACACUGUUCUUGAUGAACCCUGGAGAAGUACUUGCAGUGACCUAUAUGAGAACAUCAGAUGUGACAGUGACAAAGUGGGAUGGUAUCGUUUCAUUGGAAGAGGAGGAGUACGCAUGCCCCAAUACUGUGUUAAGGAAAAGAGUUGUAACACUGAGGCACCUAUGUGGUUAAAUGGAUCACAUCCCAUUCCAGCUGAUGGUAUUGUCAGUCGCCAAGCCUGUGCUCACUGGGCAGGAGAUUGUUGUCACUGGUCAUCAACUGUACAGAUUAAGGCUUGUCCUGGUGGAUACCAUGUCUAUAAGCUGAAUAGAACACCGACCUGCUCCUUAGCAUAUUGCACAGAUGCCAGAUCACAUAAUGAUGACUGCUCAUGCACUGAGGAUGAAGAAUGCAGAUUUGUAUCCAGGUCUUAUGGGUGCUACUGCAAGGACAAUCGGACUAUAUCUAGUUUCAAAGACUUAACACCAUCUGUGAGCUGUGGAGUGAAAAUCAUGAAAACAACUCUCCGCAAAUGUCAGCUGAGAGCUCUAAAACUCGAACACACGUAUAUAUACCUUAUGAAUAGUCAUUGCUAUACUUUUCUGAAUGAUAAUACUACCAACACAUAUUCAGUUCUGUCCACUCUGCAAGCAGGGAACUGUGGAACGACGUUGACUACAAACAGAACCCAUGCCUUUUACAAAACCAGUUUUGAAUUUUUGUUUAUACUGUACGGUGGCAUUAUCAGAGAUAAGCUGAUAACGACUUCGACUUGUAUUUACCCCCUUGAUAUGAGGCUAAGUCUUAUCACUGCUGUGAAUCCCAUUAUCAGCACUACAAAUAUUAGCACUAAUGGCACUGGAGAGUUUAAGGCUCACAUGGCGGUUUUCAACAGCAGCGACUGUAAAUAUCCAUAUGAAGGAACAGAAAUUACACUCUACACCCACACAGUGAUUUACAUUGGAGUGUUCCUGGAUGGACCCGAUCCAUCUCAGUAUGCCUUGGUACUGAAAAAUUGCUAUGCUACUCCAUCAAGCAAUCCAGAUGAUCCCAUUAAAUAUUAUAUCAUCAAAAACAGAUGCCCUGUCAGAUAUGAUGACACCGUCAAAGUACAAAAAAAUGGCUUAACUAGUGAAGCACAGUUCUCUUUCGAAGUGUUUGCAUUUGCCUUGGAUUAUAAGCAAGUCUAUCUGCACUGUGAGGUCUAUGCGUGUCUCAGCAGUACCGGAAAUUGCGCACCAACAUGCAAGAGCCGUGCCAUGGAUGAGAUGACAGAAGAUACCUUCAACAUCAAAAUUGGACCAUUCAUCAGGCAAGAUGAAGCUCCUGCUCCCGCAGCUACUUCUACUACUAAAUCUACAACUUCUGCUCCUGCUCCUACAACUACUUCAUCUGCAGCUUCUGGCAAACAUUCAUCUUGGGCAGUUACUGUGCUAUUGAUGUUCAUUUCAUUAGACUUGUUUUCUGGAAAGUAGUCAUCUUCUUCUUCUGCACUGGAUUUCUAGUACCUACAGAGCAAUGCACGGCAAUAUUCUUCAGCUAUUCUGGAAAAUAUUUAUAUGUUCAGUGCCCCCUUAAAGAAAUACUUGAAAGUAGUAAAAAGUAACAAGUGAAGAAUUUUGUCGAAAAGUCUUCAGUUUUUUAAAUUAUGUGAUCCCAUUGGCGAAAAAGAAGAAGCAAGACUUGUUAUUUAAUUUAUUUUGUCCAAAGUAGUAGAUUUCUAUACUUAUUUUCUGGAGCCUGCAAAGGAAUGGAAUGAAUUCAUCUUCAACUAUCAUGGAAAAUAUCCAUUCUUUAUUCAUGAAUAUAUAUUUUAUAGAUGAUAUUUUAAUAAUUUAUGAAUCAAUAUUUUUAAAUUAAUUAUUAAUUAAUUCAAUUAAUUGAACAUGCUGACAUCAAUAACAAUAAAAAAACAAUAUAUUUAAUAAAAGCUACUUUACAAUAUUUGAAAUGGUUAUGUUAGAAACUUAAUGAAUAAAUGCUUUGAGAUGAAGAUAUUGUGUGCUCACUCACUUUGUAUUUAUAACAAAGGUCAAUAAAUUAGGCUAAAAAUCA